AUGCCCCCAAUAGCUUCACUACCACCAAUAUCAACAUGGCGUUCUCUAAUUUCACGUACAAUACUCUCUCAAUCACCCGACUCUCUAGUUCGUAAUCUCCCUAAUCGAAUACUCUUAGCUUCUCCAACCCUCUGCGAUUCAUUCGUCUCAUCACUUCAACUUCGACCUGAUGAAAUCAUCCUUGAUACUUUUGCAGGACCAGGUCAAUUAUCUCGUUCUUUACUUUAUCCGAAACAAGGUCAUCUACCUAAAAAAGUAGUGGUCAUAGAACCUUCUCGACCUGUUUUAGCUGCUGGAUUCGGAUUGAAAACUAAAGCUACACCUACUUCAGAAUGGGCUACAAUGACACAAUUCGAAAUACCACCUACAGAAGUAUAUGAAAUUGAAGAAGAAUCAAGAUUAUUACUCAGUCCUUCUUCUCCUUAUCGUUGGAAUGUCAUAUCGGAUAUCAUGAGAAAUGAACUUUUGAAACCGUUUUUACCAAAGAUUCCAAAAUGGGAAGAAGAAAUGCCUACUAUAACUUUAGUUGGUCAGAUGCCUUGUAGUCUUGUUGGAGAACAAUUGAUGUCACAAUGGAUUGGAACUGUCGUGGGGGGUAAUAAGAAACCUUGGAUAUGGGAAUGGGGUAGAGUUAGAAUGGCUAUUUUGUUAAGUCCAAGUUUAUAUGAUAUCAUAGCUUGUGAAAUGUCUACGAAAACAGGUCGAUCAGACAAGAAAAGGUUACUAACCUCAAAGCGUAUAAUGGCACAACCAGGCGAGAAAUCAUAUUGCAAAUUAAGUGUCAUGUCACAAGCCCUUUUUCAUCUUACACCUUUACCUCCUUAUCAUCACAAUUCCAACCCCGAUAAACGAGCUAGAUCUUCGAUACGUUCGAACCCCAAAUCUGGAUCCAAAUCUCAACUCAAUGACCCUGCUGAACAUUCCACCAAAUCUUCUCCACUCCCCCAAUCAUCUGAUACAGUCAUCUCUUCCGGCUCUUCCAUCUCUUCCGACUCUUCCACCUCUUUCGACUCUUCCACCUCUUCCACCGCUUUCGACUCUUCCGACUUGCCCAACUUACGACCACCAAUACCACCCAUAACGCCUACUUUAAUCUCCGAUUUUUACCCUAGACCCUUUCGUAAAGGUAUCAACAUUGAUGACCCCUUACCUCGUCCAUUAUUACUAGGUAUUCAAUUCGAACCUCGAAUAUCAUCUCCUGUCUUACCGAACCAAAAAGAUACUUGGGAUUUCGUUUUGAGAAAAGGGUUCGUCUUACCUAACAGACCAUUGAAGAGCGUUCUCAAAACGUUUGGGUUCGGAGCUGAGAGUUUGAUAGGAAAGGUCGAAGGUGUAAAUAAUGGUUAUAAGGGUUUACCGACCAGUGGGGAGAUUUUGAUUUCCAAUUUGAAAGUUGAUGAAUGGGCCAGAGUGGUGGACGUUUUUCAUAAAUGGCCUUUCAAGCUUGAGCAUUUGGUACUUGAUGCUGGAAGUAGUGAUGAUUCUAGUCGAGAAUUGGGCCAGAUAUGA